GCAAAAAGAAAAUAAAAAAUAAAAUUAGGGUUCAAGAGCCAUAAGAGAAUUUAACAAAAACAAAGAAAACCAAAAAACAGCUUUCCAAAAUGAACAGCAACAGCAACAGCAACAGCAACAGCUGAGCAAUCAGCAGCAGCAAAAAAAACCCUAGUCAUCUCUGUUCGAUUUCAGAUAACGUCCACAAUGUUAUCUAGAUGGAGCAGAGCAAUUACUCAUAUCUCUAGGGUUGGAUCGCAGAAGAGCUUGACAUCUAUAAGCGAUUUACAUGUCAUUUCAUAUCGAAACUAUUCCAAGGUUGCUGCUGCUGCUGCAGUACCAACAUCGCCCGAUGUUGCCGAGAAAAGCUAUGCAAGUAAACAGGAGGGUACAUUCUUUGAGCAGGUAAAUUUGAGUAAGCAGUUUUGGUCCAAGCCCUGCUCAUUGGCUUUGGCCCCUGAUUCCCCUCUAAGAAUUGAAGAGCCAAAGUAUGAAGGCAUUCGGCGUAUUAUCCUCAAGCUUUUGCUAUUCUAUAGCAAACAAAGCAUAUCCAUUCGAGGAGCAAAUGUGGUGUACCGCCGUGUAGUUUCUCAAGUUGAUAAACCUGCUAUAUAUAAUGUAUUUAGCUUGGAAAAGACAUUCAAAACUACAUUCUCUUUGCUCGUGCUUCAUAUGUGGCUUUUCUUACGCCGCUUGAAAGAAGAGGGAAAGGAAGGCUCUGAGUUUGGGCAAUAUGUGUAUGAGAUUUUCAAUCAUGAUGUGGAGCUGAGGGUAUCUAAGGCCGGGGUUAACUUACUGUUGCACAGAUGGAUGAAGGAUUUGGAGAAGAUCUUUUAUGGAAAUGUUGUUGCUUAUGAUACUGCCAUGCUUCCCCAAGCUAAACAGGAUGAGUUGCAAAAUGCGCUAUGGAGGAACAUCUUCUCUGAUGACGGUUUGUCAAAACCAAAUGAUGCUGGGUUACGUGCAGUCCAGGCUAUGUCAAGGUAUGUUCGUCGGGAAUCUAGUUGCCUGUCGUUAACAGACAAUGCAGCUAUUUAUUCUGGCAACUUCAUGUUCACUUCGUUAGAAAACCUGUCACCUGAUGCAAUAAGACGAUAGAGAUGAGAUGCCAGUGACCUUAUCACAAGUCAGGAUGGAGGUGAAUAUUCUACUCUGCGGUAUAUUUAAGAACAGCAGAAUACGUGAAGGUCGAUAUUCUUAUUUUAUAGUGAAUAUCUAAUAUCUAGUCAAAAUCACCGUUCUCUUACCUAAAUUAUGAAUGUAAAGCCUCUAUCAUGAUGGGGACCUUCUUGUUGUAUUUCAUUUACUUUAUUUUUUCCAAAGAAGUAAUUUGAGCCGGUGAAUGGCUUUGAUAAUACAUUUCUUGGUGUUAGCUGAUUUUUGAAAGAUCUUAGCUGGUGUUUGGACCU